AGCUUGCUUCUCAGCCUAGCCCAGCCUCACCAUGGUGGACGCCUUCAUGGACACCUGGAAACUAGUGGACAGCAAGAAUUUCAAUGACUACAUGAAGUCACUUGGUGUGGGCUUUGCUACCAGGCAAGUGGCCAGCAUGACCAAGCCCACUACAAUCUUGGAAAAGAAUGGGGACACCAUCACCAUCAUCUUAAAAACACAGAGCACCUUCAAGAACACGGAGAUCAGUUUUCAUCUGGGGAAGGAGUUUGAUGAGACUAUAGCAGAUGACAGGAAGGUCAAGUCCACUGUGACGCUGGAUGGAGGAAAACUUGUCCACGUGCAGAAGUGGGACGGGCAAGAAACUACACUUGUGCGGGAGCUAAAUGAUGGGAAACUCAUCUUGACACUCACCCGUGGCAGUGUAGUGUGCACUCGCACUUACGAGAAAGAGGCAUGACCCACCAGCACUGUCACUGACUGUUCCUCUGUCAACUGGCCACCCCUGGACUAAGCACCACAUUGCCUCAUUUUUUUCCUCUAGCAUUUUGUAUAAACCUACUUUGGGGAAUUCUUCUGGGAUCAGGUGACACCAGCCUGGAUUCCCAGUUUCCAUUGUGUAUGUAUGUGUUUCUU